GCACCACCAGUCCCGGGCUCAGUAUGUGGCGCUUCUCCUGCGCCCUCUGUCUGCACACUGCAAAGAGGAGCAAGUCCUUAGGCCUUUGGAGCAGGCCUGCCGCCUUCAUGUCCACUCUGCUGAUCAAUGAGCCCCAGUAUGUUUGGCUGAAAGAGCUGGGGCUCCGCGAGGAAAACGAGGGCGUGUAUAAUGGAAGCUGGGGAGGCCGGGGAGAGGUGGUUACAACCUAUUGUCCUGCUAACAAUGAGCCAAUAGCAAGAGUCCGACAGGCCAGCAUAGCAGACUAUGAAGAAACUGUAAAGAAAGCAAGAGAAGCAUGGAAAAUAUGGGCGGAUAUUCCUGCUCCAAAGCGAGGUGAAGUAGUAAGACAGAUUGGUGAUGCCUUACGGGAGAAGAUCCAAGUGCUAGGAAGCUUGGUGUCUCUGGAGAUGGGAAAAAUCUUAGUAGAAGGUGUGGGAGAAGUUCAAGAGUAUGUGGAUAUUUGUGAUUAUGCUGUUGGCUUAUCGCGGAUGAUUGGGGGACCCAUCUUGCCUUCUGAAAGACCUGGCCAUGCCCUCAUUGAGCAGUGGAAUCCUGUAGGCCUGGUUGGGAUCAUCACUGCUUUCAACUUCCCCGUGGCAGUGUAUGGCUGGAACAAUGCCAUCGCGAUGAUCUGUGGGAAUGUCUGCCUUUGUGACAAGAAUUACGUUGGUCAGGCUGUGUGCGCUUCAUCCACAUUUGGUGCUUCCUUUCCCAUCACCAAAAAUAAUAAGUGUCUACUGUCUCGAGAGUGCAUCCCCCUCUCCCCUCCCACACAUCCCUGGAAAGGCGCUCCAACAACUUCCCUCAUUAGUGUAGCUGUCACAAAGAUAAUAGCCAAAGUUCUGGAGGACAACAAACUGCCUGGUGCAAUUUGUUCCCUGACUUGUGGUGGAGCAGACAUUGGCACAGCAAUGGCCAAAGAUGAGCGGGUGAACCUGCUGUCCUUCACUGGGAGCACUCAGGUGGGAAAACAAGUGGCCCUUAUGGUACAGGAGAGGUUUGGGAGAAGUUUGUUAGAACUUGGAGGAAACAAUGCCAUAAUUGCUUUUGAGGAUGCAGACCUCAGCUUAGUCGUUCCAUCAGCUCUCUUUGCAGCCGUGGGGACAGCUGGCCAGAGGUGUACAACUGCGAGGCGACUGUUUUUACAUGAAAGCAUCCAUGAUGAAGUUGUAAAUAAACUUAAAAAGGCCUACGCACAGAUCUGUGUCGGGAACCCAUGGGACUCUAAUGUUCUCUAUGGGCCACUCCACACAAAGCAGGCAGUGAACAUGUUCCUUGGUGCGGUGGAAGAAGCAAAGAAAGAAGGUGGCACAGUGGUCUAUGGUGGCAAGGUCAUGGAUCGUCCUGGGAACUAUGUAGAACCGACGAUUGUGACAGGCCUUGCCCAUGAUGCAUCCAUUGUGCACACAGAGACUUUUGCUCCAAUUCUUUAUGUCUUUAAAUUUAAGAAUGAAGACGAGGUCUUUGCAUGGAAUAAUGAAGUAAAACAGGGACUUUCAAGUAGUAUAUUUACCAGGGAUUUGGGAAGAAUCUUCCGCUGGCUUGGACCUAAAGGAUCAGACUGUGGCAUCGUCAACGUCAAUAUUCCAACGAGUGGGGCUGAGAUCGGAGGUGCAUUUGGAGGUGAAAAACAUACUGGUGGUGGCAGGGAGUCUGGCAGUGAUGCCUGGAAACAGUACAUGAGAAGAUCUACUUGUACCAUCAACUACAGCAAGGACCUUCCUCUGGCCCAAGGAAUCAAGUUUCAGUAAAGCUGUUUUGAAUUCACAUUACUUCAAGACGUUCAGGCAUUCCUGCAGUUCUUCUGAAGAAGACAAGAAAAAUUAAUAUGUACCCUGAGUAAAUGCAUCAUUUUGAAUAUGUCAGUGGUAAUCCUUUAUGCCACUGAGGCCCUGACUAAAUCAAGAGACUCAUUUUGGAAAAAGAAAUAAAGUUGGCGUAACAGUGUAUUUAGUAAAAAAAAAAAAAAGGAUAGUAUGGAUUUUUAUAUCAUUAGUUAUUGUUGUU